CUUCCUUUUUUUUUGGACUGAAUAUAUACCCCUCCUCUCCUUCAUUAUCUUCAUCAUGUGUAAACAUAUUCUUAAUGCUCAAGUUUCUAUUCGAGCACCUUGUUGUAAAAAAUGGUUUGACUGUGCCGAAUGUCAUGCUGCAGUUUCAGAUCAUCCCUUGAGAAAAACAAAUGAAAUGGUAUUUGCUUGUAAAAAGUGCAAGAAGGCUUUUCGUAAAGACAUGACUGAUUAUGAAGAUGAAGAUGAAUACUGUCCACACUGUGACAACCAUUAUGUACUAGAUGCUGUCACACCUGAGGCCACAUUGGGUAUUGAAACGGAAGAUAUUCGUGUAGAUAAUAGAGUAAUCAGGGAUGAUCGUGUUAGAUCCAAACAAGGGCCCACGAGUAUCUUUGAUGUUGAUGCAUCUAAUAUAUUGGGUUAAACAUAACUGGGUUAUACAAACAAGAGAACAUUUUAGAAAUAAAAAGGGCAUAGUCUAUUUCUUUUCUUUCUUUUUUUUCUUCUUCUUUGUAGAAAUGAUUUGGCGUGCAAUGGAUAAUCACCAACUGAUGGAAAGUAAAAGUCACUUGACGGAACAGAAUUCGUUAUUCAUGAACCUUACACCUGAAAUACAAAAGAA